GGCAAAAUCUAUUUGUUAGGGAGAUCAGCAGAAUUAUUCAUUUAAACAUGUUGUCCUUACUCACAGUGUUGUGGUUGAAGCAUAACCGAAGGUAAACAGGAUCAUCAUCAUGAGCAACUUCAAUCAAACCGAUCCUUAUGAUUCUGCGUCGUGCCCGUACGCCGUUUCCAUUCUCUUCACAACUGCCGUGGCUAUAAUCAGCUUAGCAGGUUUAAUUGGAAACAUUUUGGUGAUCUUCUCAGUUUAUAAAACUCCAAGUCUGAGGACAAGCACCAACUAUUACUACGUCAACAUGGCGGUGUCAGAUCUUAUUGCUAGUGUCACUAUCUGGCCGCUGUACCUCACUGAUGAGAUCAUAACAAGCAGUGGAAGUCUUCUCCAGGAACCUCAUGCAACUACUGCGUGCAAAGUGGGAAUUUUUUUCAGACUGGCAUCGACCAUAGUGUCUAUCUUAAGCUUGGUGUUGAUCGCUGUUGACAGAUUCAUCGCUAUCGUAUUUCCUCUAAAAGCAACAUUGAUUACAUCAAAAUUGAGAGCAGCUUUCCUAUGUGCCACAUGGUUGAUAUCCACCGUAUAUUGUUUCCUGGCGCCUUACCAUUCCAGAGUGCGAAAAGUCGGACGGGAAACAUUCUGCAGAUUUGCUUGGAAUGAGUUGGCGAGUACGAUCUACUUUGUAACUGGCCUAACGUUGUUUACUGUCACACCAUUGAUCACAAUUAUUGUUCUUUAUCUUCGUAUCAUGCGCUCUUUAAGAACAAGACUGCAACCGCAAGAUGACACAAGAGCCAGUAACCUCCAGAAAAACAGAAGCAAGCAGAACCAAAACGUAAUGAAAAUAUUCAAAUCUAUUGUUAUUGCGUAUUUCGUUACCUAUUCUUUUUUGUGUGUAUAUUUUGUCCUGAAAAUCGCGUUCCCUGAACUUUCUUACGAAGACAGCUGCAAGUUAAUUUUGGGUUUUACCUAUUUUGUGUUGCCAUCGCUAAGCACAGCUAUUAAUCCAGUAAUUUUAUUUGCAUUUAGCAGUAAUUUUCGCCAAGCACUGCGUAAAAUGCUCCCUUUCCGUUUUUCAAAUUCUGUUCAUGUUGUAAACACAUCAGUACAAGAACGAGAUGAGCCCACACCAGAUCAAGCGAAAUCUAGUCAGACGCAGUGUUGAAUUUAUAACAGUAAAAAUGGUUAAAGCUUAUGCCCGUCCACAAUAGCGAUAAAAAUAGUUUCAGAAUGAUAGCUGACGGCUUGACAAUCUUUGUUUCAUUUAAGUUGACUAUAAAUUGAAAUAUAUGUGAACGUUUGCAUAACGACGUCUCACAAGGUGUACAUG